AUGACAGAGGUGCAGCCGGUUUUGGACUUUGCCUCGUCAGGAAGGUCCGGACGACGGAAUGCCCUGCCUGACAUUUUAGGCUCACCAGCAGGGGUUAACCCAUCCGACCUCCCGCUGAAAUUGACAGAGCUGUCUCUCACGGAUGGUCCAGGAGUAGUUCAGUCCCCGACAUCAGAAGAGGCCUGCCUGCCUGCAGAGAGCUCUGAGGGGAAUGACAAAUCCUAA